AUGGACAACCUCUUUGAACAUGCUAGACAGUGGAGAAUACACCCAGUUGGUAUCAUAGGAGUAGACCACAAGAUGGUAUCCAUGCAAAUCGCUCAUGAGGAAGCUCUGCUCAUUGGAAAGGGCAGGUGGGCAUGCCCUGAUUUUGUCCUAAAAGACCGUCAACUGUCCAUCAAAGUCAAGGAACUUGGACUGAACGCUCAACAGGAAAUUGACACGAUAAGACGAGCAGAGGCAAUGAAUCAAGCUAAAGAAAGAGAACAAAUAAUUAAAGCCCAGAACCAGUUGAAAGAAUCAACCCUCAGCAAAGCCAUUGAUGCCACCUCUAAGGACCAGUCACUGAGCAACAUGGAAAGAUCCAAUAAACUGGGCAAACUUAAGUCAGAACUUAAGAGCCUAAAACAGGAUGGGCAUAAAAAUUCAGCAGAAAUGAUGAAAGACUUCCAUGGGAACACUCUGCAGUAUGAAGGUUUGGAUGUCGACAAGGAAACAAGAGCCACCACGAUUCAAACUAUCCUUGACAAAAUAAAGGCAUCAUCUACAAAAGAGAAUAAGGAAAACCUUAUAAAGAAACUGGACCAUGAUCAGAUAGUAAAACCCCUAUGGAUAUCUAAGAAUGAUUCUGUCCCAGGGAUAAAUGAUGCAACCAAUAAGUUCUUUAAAGUUCUCAAUAACAGAUACAUGGAAGAUAAGUGA